AUGAUGUCAUAUUCAUCUCAAACACCACCUUAUUAUUCUUCUACUCCAAUGGGAAAUGAAAAUGUUCCUAAUGUUGGACUUGAUGAAUUUCUUGAUUUUUCUACACAAACGACUCUUGGUGGCAUGAGCGGUGAUCAUGGAGCCACUCCAAAUGGAGAGGAUUCAACUCCGUUUGUGGGACAUAGCCGAUUUGGCUCUCAUCACGAGGUCAUUGGGUCUGGUACACCGGAGCCAUUCUCGACCGAGGUGCUACAUGCAUUUGCAAAUCAUGUGCGUGCUAGAUCUGUGAUGCGUGAUUCAAAUGUACAUCACGAAUUGCAAGCAGAUCUAGUCAAACAUAUAUGGGUAAAGUUUGGAAUAUUUCGUGAUUAA